AUGUCCUCUCCAACCGUCUUCGUCUGUGGUGCCACUGGCACUCAAGGAGGUGCUCUCAUCGAUCAUUUACAAAAACACGACAUCAAAGUCCACGCAAUUACCCGGUCUUUGAAUUCUCCCGCUGCACAGCGCCUCCAAAAACUUGGUGUAGCAAUCUCCGAGGGUGAUUUCGACAACGAUGAAUCUGUCAAGCAAAACAUGACCCACUGCACCAGUCUCUUCCUCAACCUGAUGCCUGCACUGACAGACCUCAAUACAAGCCUUGAGCAAGCCCGCCGCCUUCUCAAAAUUGCCAAAGAGGCCGGCAUCAAACAAGUCAUCUAUACCAGCGGUGUGUCUGCCAACGAUCCCUCGCGCAACAAACACUGGGAUCCCAACGGCAUAAUCAGCCAGAUGAUGCUCAACAAACAAGCAAUCGAGCACGAAAUUCGAAAUACAGGAUUUGAGACUUGGACUCUUCUACGACCGGGCAAUUUCAUGACCAACUUCCUGUUCCCAAUGAACCAAAUGUACCAGGGUUUGGCAGAGAACGGGGUAUUCACCACAGCUCUCGCACCGGAUACCGUGCUGCCCAUGGUUGACCCGAACGAUAUCGGCCAAUUUGCUGCUGCGGCAGUUCUUGACCCUGUCAAGUUCAACAACCAGGAGAUCGAGAUCGCAUCGGAAUUCAUGGGAGCGGAGGAGAUAAUGCGAGCCUUGUCGCGUGCGACCGGAAAGGAUUUCAAGGCCAUCUUCAUGUCUGAUGAAGAGAUCGAUAAGCAGAGAGUUAUCAAUCCCUUCGUUGCAGGCCAGCUCAUGAUGCGCGGUAUGUCCUCGUUCGUGGAUUUGGAGAAAGUGAAGGCGUGGGGUCUACCUCUCGGAACUUUUGAUCAGUUUUUGGUGCGUGAAAAAGCUAGAGUUAAUGCAAGCUAUCCGUGA